AUGGGCGCUGCCCGCGUGGACGUGCACGAGGAGCUGCGCAAGCUGAAGCAGAUCGCAGAGCACACUGAGGAAUGGGCCAGCAAGGUGACGAGCUUCUUAGUAGUCACACAAGACCUCUGCAAAUCUGCAGCGCACAUUUUGUGCCACCUAGAUGACGAUGCGCGGGGAAUUGAGAAUGUGCUGGUGUCAGGGGCUGAGACAGUUGCUGAAACAGUCGCCCAGGUUGUUGAGCUGGCAAGGACGAGGAGCACCGAGGUGGUGAAGCAGUAUCAGAAGAGAUCCCAGGGAGUAAAUCACAGAGAGCUGCAAUCCAAAGUGGAGCAAGCAUCAUUGUCUGUGGGAUUGGCCAUAUUCGAGACACUGCAGCUGCAGGCUGAACAGUUCAGGAAGCUGUCGGAGAAGUCCAUUGGGGCGGCCAGGAAGCGUGCAAGCUCCUUGGCAUCGCGGCUGCCAUCGCUCCCUGUCAGUGAGAGCGGUUUCCCGCACGCCCUGAUGCCCACACACAAUGGCAAGGGAAAGCUUUUUGAUGAUGGCCAAUCAGAGGCGACCGGAACUGGCACUGGGACAGAUGAUGUCGAGCUGGACUGGGACGCCUUUGAUAGUGACCUCAAGGUGAUGACAGACACAGCCUCACCAGAGGAGAUCUUCCGCACAGCACGGUCCCUUGACAUGCCAUCGGGACCUGAGCCCCAUGGCCCUCUCCACAUGGCAAGCGCAGAAUUCAGGGCCCUGUGGCUGCGUAUCGACGAGCUGGAUGGGUGCAGGAGUGGCGCAUCGUUCAAGGCAUCCCAUGCAGAGCGGCGUGCCGAAGAGGCACUGGAGAAAGCACGGGAGGUGCAGGCCGUUGCGGACCAAGCACUCCUGCGAGCGCAGAGGGCGGAGGAAGCACUGCGUCGGCUGCAAAGGGAACGGGAGGAAUGGGAGAACAUGCACCCCUGCCACACCGACGAUGACUACAAUGAGGUGCGGCGCGCGCUGAAGGAGGAGCAGAUGGCACGGCUGCGGGCCGAGGAGGGCAUGAAGGCAGCGGAGGCAGAGGCCAAGCGCUACAGGGAAGAGGCCCAAGCCGCGCACGAGGCCCACGAGAUGACACAGAUGGCAGCCCGAUUGGCUGAUGAGCAGCUGAGCGCCCGCGGUGGUGGAGUGGAGAGAUUUGAUCUGCCAAAGGGUGGAUUGUGUAUUGAGCAGAUGGGCGGAAGUGGAGGCAGUGGUGUGAAGAGUGUGGAUAGGUCUGUUGGCGGGCUAGAUAAGUCUAUGGAUGGCAGUAGGCAGCUGAGCGGAAGGGGGAUUAGUGGCGUGAAAGGUGUGGAUAGGUCCGUUGUUGCGGGAGGAAAAGUGGUGCAUGGGAACAGGCUGAGAGGAAGUGAAAGUGCUGGUGCGAAAAGUCUGGAUGGUUCAUCUGGUGUGUUGGAUAAGUCGACGGUAGGCAAUGGGCGGCAGGGUGGAAGACGGCUUAGUGAUGCAAAAAGUGUGGAUCGGUCAGUCUGCGAGGUGGAGGAAUCGAAGAUUGGGAGCGUGGGGUACAAGGAGGAGGGCUGGGUGACGUUUUGGGAGGGUGAGGGUGACGUGGACGGGCCCCAAGGUGGUGGGAGGGUCACAAAUGAUUCAGACGGCCAGAAUGGGGGUGAACGAUUGGGUGGUGGGAUGUUGAGGAAGGAGGAGGGCAUCAUGGGUAAUCAAAAAAUUGGGCAGUCCAAAAGAGAGGAUGGGGUCCAUGAGGACAAACGUUUGAUGAGGGAGAAUAAGAUUCAACCUGGGAUUGGUGGUGGAAAGGCCCAGAGGGAUCGCAGCGAUCAGGAGGCUGGUCAUGCCACCGCUCAAAGCAGGCAAAGCAGCAGUGGCGGUGCGCUUGAGGGAAUAGACCAGGGGCUGCGGCCUGGUGGGAGUGUGGAAGCUGUGUCAGGAUCGCAGGGGACGGGCGGCGACAAAAGAACCCCAUUUGAGAUGGGGCAGGGGCCAGGCGAUGGCGAUCCAUUCCAAGCACUGGUCGCACGCAGCAGCAGCGGCGCUGCAGUCGCAAGCAACCCGUUUGGGCCCCAAGUUGCUACACCCGGGGACAACCCCUUCGGCAUGUGCGAGCCUUCUCCACGUGGGCCCUUAAGGCCCGACGGCCCUGAAUCUUUGAGGCCCAACGACUCUCGGGCCUUGGGGCCCACACCAGAUGUGCCUCAAAGGCCCGGGGGCUUCUUCGAUGAGGUGACGCCGACGCCAAGGCGCGCGCCUCCAGCUCUACCGGAAGGGGGGGCAGGGGCCAGUGGGGGGUGGAAUCCGUUCGCUGUGCAGAAGCAAGUGGAUGAUCACCUGGGGGCUGUGGGAGACGGGGUUGCUGGUGGGGUGGUGGGGGACGAAACCGCAUGGAACCCUUUUGGAUGA